ACAACAAAAUAUCUCCCUCUAUAGUUUGUACAUAAGAAGCAACUUAAGAGUUCAAGGCAUGAAGGUUACAGUGUUUGGAAAUAAAAGCCAUUACUCCUUACAUAGAUAAUAAUUACAGGGAAUUCCAGAAAAAUUCCAUAACUAUUAACCAUAUUACCUGGCUUAGAAUCAAGUAUGCAGCUUUAUAGUUCCUCAGAUCAAGUAUUCAACCAUUUAAUAAAUUAAAUCAAUCAAAUGCCUUAUGUAUGACGCCAACCGUUAAGUAAUAAAAGUUGCCAGAGUCCUGCAUUUUACCCAUCAAGAAUACUUUUUGACUCUUUCGAAUAUCCAUUCCAAACAAGAUCGUGCUUUCAAAUUUCAUGUACAUAAUAAAUACCAAAAUGAUUUCUAUAUUUGCGGAGUUUGAAUCUGGUGCAGCUUGUUGAACCAUAUUGAAUGCAAAAUCAUGUGAAACAGAUCAUAUUUUAUUGGUCUUGGGUUCCAAAGGAAAUGCCUCUGUACCAUCUUCACGUUAUUUUGCAUAUUUCCUUCAGCCUUGGAAUAUCCUUCUCGGCCACCACCACAGAAAAAGCACUCCAGUCCAGAACUUCACUAAAAGGAAGGACAAAAUUAUCCGCAAUGAUCACAGGAACACACUCGUAAUAUAUGGCUUCAACGAUCCUAGGGCUAUUAACUUCAAAGCCCAUUGGACAUAUACAAUAUUUACUUGAUUUCAUGUGUUGAAUAUAAGUCAUAUUUUGGGAAACUUUCAUAGGUAAACGCUUGUAGA